AUGACUUGUUCAGACAAGGAAGGCCCCAGGGAGGCAAUCUCUGACAACUCGUUCGAGACGCCUCGGUUGACCCGGCAAGCGCACAGCUUGACCUACGAGCGUCUUCACAAGGGACGCCAGCUUCGGAAACUCUUGGGCGCCUGCCUGUCACGAUGGGUUGUGACGCUGGUCCUCUGUGCCUCAAUCUACAUCGUGCUCUGGCAGUACUCGCGCCGCUCGGCCAUGGUCACGGCCAAGAAGAAGGAGUUCAACACCCUGAUUGUCGGGCUAACGAUUCUCCUCAGUUUGAACCUCGCCAGCUCCCUGAAGCACAUGGUCGCCACGCUGCGAUGGUGGGUUCUGAGCCUGAAGGAAUGGCGGCCACGGGAGGUCGACCUGAUACUUCAAAGCGAAAACAUUAGUCGAAUGGUGCGGCUGCUGUACAUCUCGCGACGAUAUUCGCUCCGGGCCUAUGUCGUCUUUUGGGUGUGCAUCAAUGUGGCCGCUCAAAUUGGUCUCGCGACUCUUGGUCUGGUAUACAACGUCAACGGUGCCGACAAAAUCGUUCCCACCACGCCGGGCAUCGUGUCCAUCCCAGACCUGUCGACUCUUCAAACGCUGAAACUUGCCUCGGGCAAUCACACCUCCCAAAGCCAAACCGACAAUGCGCUGCGAUAUACGGCCAACAGCUACGGAUUGGUUGGUUUGGCCGCCGGUGUUCUCUCCACGCCAAACGGUGUCGUGGCUCCCCAGCCAGGAUCGAUCUUCAACCCGGACAGUUCCCCCAUCUCGUGCCAAAACACGACGUGCUACUCCUGGUUCUACGAGUCGACGCCUCCCAACGCAUCAUACUACCUGAUGGCCGCGACCAACCGCUCGGUGGCCACGUCGUCGACGUGCCAGCAAUGGCCGGUCACCCAGGGCGGCGCCGGGGACCAGGAUGCCAUCACCGUGGCCGAUGGCAAGAACAGCACCUACAAGAUCCCCACCAGGAACGGGCCUCUGCAAACCACAUUCACCGUCGACCCGCGCAAGGAUCAGCACGUCGGGUGGAGCAUGAUGUCCGUCUUUGAGGCGUCCUUGACGGACCCUUGGUUCUACAGGUGCAACGUCAGCGUAGGUCCCGUGGUGAAUGCCUGGAUCCCCGAACACAACCUCGGCGACACGGUCAAGCUCAUGGCCCCGGCCGCCAUUGCCCUUCAAGGCUACGGCUCCUCCCCGCUCGGCACAAACGACUCGGACCGCAUCCAGUUCCAGAGCUACCCGGCCGAAACGUUCAUCGGGUCGGCAUGCAACGGCUACGACCAAUGCAUGGGCUACACCACGAGCGCCUUUGCGGCAGGCGUCAUCCUGGCCACUGCGCAGUCCAACAGCAACCUCAACGCCACGGGGCAGAUGCCCCUCAAAGGCAUCACCCUCGACAUCAACCGUUGGUCCUACGUGCAUCUCAUUCUCGGCCUCGUCAUGGGCCUGCAGCUCCUCUUCGCCCUCAUCUCCGUCAUCUUGUCCAACACGGUCAUGGUCCGCGACCACAGCCAUUUCGGCGAGGCCGCCUUGCUGCGAUCGGCCAUGCGCGACUUGAGCUACGGAGCCGUCAUGUGCAGCGAAAGGGAGCUUGCCUCUCUCUUUGCCGAUACGGCCACUGUCAAGUAUGUGCCUGACGCAAACGGAGUGUACUACCUCCGGGUCACCAAGUAA